AUCUUGUUGGUGAGAAGUCUUUUUGGAGUGAAAGAGAAUGUCAGAGAUUGUGAACUUGUCUCCUUCUCUGAGAUCUUUAAACCCAAAGAUCUCACCUUUGGUUCCUCCUCGUCAACUCUCGAGCUCGUUCUAUCAGUUGCCGAGAUUAAAGUUUCUAUCUUUUCCCGGGAAAAGCAUCUUGGCAACGGGGAGAAUCCGAGCAGUCGAUGCCAGGAAGCAAGAGGUGGAUGACUCGCCGGUGUCUGUCGAGCUAGGUCCGAUAAGUAGCGAGAGCCACUUCGAUGAGGUGAUGGAGGAAGCUCAGAGGGUCGGUGAAUCAGUUGUGAUCGUCUGGAUGGCAGCUUGGUGCAGGAAAUGUAUAUACUUGAGGCCCAAACUCGAAAAGCUCGCUGCUGAGUUCUACCCAAGGCUGCGGUUUUAUCAUGUUGAUGUCAACGCUGUGCCAUACAAGCUUGUUUCUCGUGCAGGAGUUACGAAAAUGCCAACGAUUCAGCUAUGGAGAGAUAAUCAGAAACAAGCUGAAGUCAUUGGUGGCCACAAGGCGCAUUUUGUGGUUAAUGAAGUGCGGGAGAUGAUAGAGAACGAUUCAAUCACUUGAAACUUAACAGUCUCAAGACUCUGCUGCUCUUUUUUCCCCUCUGAUUGUUCUUAGUAUAAGGUCGGUUCCUCGAGUAGAUUAAACAGAUACUGAAGUCUAUUGCAAUAUCAAACGCUUCUUUUUGUCACAUGUAAUUAUCUACUAUAGUAACACACUCAGACUGGGAUCUUUGGCGGGCAAGAACUGUAACCUUCCUUUUAUCGAUUUAUUCCAACAACAUAUAAAAAAGUACACAACUUUUCAGCA